CACGCAAGCACACACAGACACACACACACACACGCACGCACAUACGCACACGCACACCGUCUUCUCCUUGUCUUUCUCAUCGCCAUGUUCAUUUUCACACCCUCCCUUUCUCCGCAGCUGACAGACAAGACUGACACACAGGCAAAAGGAAGAUACAUCUUUUCAGGCAGGCCGCGGUUACACACACACACACACGCACACACAUCUCAUCGAUCAAGAAGGCACAACUUGGUCCUCACAUCUACGCACACGCAAGCUCACCGCGUUUUUUGUGAAAAGAUGGCACGGCAAUCCACACAAGCCAUGCUGGCAGCAGCGCUGCUGUGCGCCCUGGCGGCAGUCACCAUGCUUCCGGCCACGGCAACCGCAAAUGGCGACGUCACGGAGUACUGCGGCAACGGGCGCGUCGACCCCGGCGAGGAGUGCGACGACGGAAACCGCUUCGACCACGACGGCUGCUCUGGCAUCUGCACCAUUGAGCCUGGUUUUGAAUGCACGGACUCGGCCCUCGGCUCCGUCUGCACCCCCAUCCAACACGACUACUGUCUCGCCGGCAGACCCAACCUUGCCGAUGUGAUUGGGUCGUACGCGGACCUGAGCCAAAUCUUCAUGAUCCUGCAACGCGACAACCUCCUGGGCGACCUUGCUGCGUUGUCCGACGUCACCGUGCUCCUGCCAAGCAACAGCGUCCUCGCCCGCGUGCUCACCUGGGAGGCCGUGCUCCGCUUCUACGGCCAGCCCGAGCGCGUUGCACGCCUCAUGCAGCGCCACACCAUCAUCGGCAGGUAUACGUACGCAGACCUCGUCGCCGCCGACGGGCAGUCCCUGGCGACGCUGGCUGGCACCACCAUCCGCAUCAACGUCGUUGGCAACCAGGUGUUUGCGGACGGCUACCUUGUGACGAACAGCCAGCUCGACGCAGUCAACGGCAUCGCGCACAUCUUCUCCGCCGUGUUCACCACCUCCACCACAACCACUACCACAACAACAACAACUACCACCACAACAACAACAACGACCACCACCACCACGGGGCCAAACCUCAUGGACGUGUUGGAGAGCUACGCAGACUUUGCCCUGUUUGCGCAGGCCGUGCGCGCUGCGGGCCUGCGUGACUUUGUUGCCAGCACCCCAGGGAUCACCCUCCUCGCGCCCACCAACGCCGCCAUCCACCGCGAGUUUGACACGGACGACCUCAACAGCCUCUUCGCCCACCCGGAGCACCUGCGCAUGGGCGUGUACCGCCACAUCCUCACCAUGUCGCUUGACCGGGCGGGCCUUGUGGAUCUCUCGGGCCAGCUCGUCGACACGUUCUCUCCCUCGGACCCCGUGUUUAUUGACACGUACGGCAACCUCAUCUCUGCCAAUGGCAUUCGCAUCACCAACUUCGACCUGCAGGGCUCCAACGGCUUCCUGCACACGCUGGACGGCGUGCUGGUGCCCGACAUGUCUUACCCAACCACAAGCAGUUCCUCCACAUCCACGUCCAGCAGCAGCUCGACCGACACCACCACCGAGACAUCCACGUCCAGUAGCAGCUCAACCGAGACGAGGACAGUGACCACGUGUUUCGAAUGCUCCACAUCGUCGUCGACAUCCACGGAGACAACCUCUGGUGAAACCACUGCCACCAGCCCCUUGCCCAGCACGGAGAUGAGCUCGUCCACAGAGUACGAGAGCACCAGCACAGCCCCCGCUGGGCCCACCGUCAUUGACGUACUGCGCGCACACGCAGACUACAGUCUGUUCGUGCAAGCGCUUGAGCACACGGGGCUGGCGCACCUCCUCAGCACCGCCCACACCAUCACCGUGUUUGUGCCCACCAACGCUGCCCUUCUGCGGGACGUUGGGCAGGAACAGCUGGAGCGCUUGCUUGAGCGGCCGUUGCUGCUUCGUGGCAUCCUCCUUAGCUACAUUGUUGGCGACAUCAUCGACUACCAGGAGCUGCUCACGCGUGACGGUGAUGACAUCCGCACCUUCCUUUUCCAUAACCCGCUCACCGUGGGCGUGUCUGGCAACAUAGUCACCGUCGACAAUGUCCUUGUCACCAACUUUGAUUUGCCUGCAAGCAACGGCCUCAUCCACACCCUUGGUGGCGUGUUGCACCCAACGCCGUUCUUCUACAUUGAGGGCAACAUCCUCGAGGUGCUUGAGCAAUAUGCCGACUUUUCCCGCUUCGUGGGUGCAAUCCGCAGUGCCGGCCUCGCCCCCUUCCUCACAUCCGUUCGUCGCGUCACCGUGUUCGUGCCCACCAACGACGUUGUUGAUCGUCGUUUCCCCUCCGAAGAGGCUUUUGCCCUGCACGUGCGCACCCUCUUCAGCCACUUCUCCUUUGGCGUCUUCACUGGAGAUGACCUCCGUGGCAUGGAUGGCGAGACGCUCACCGCUGCCAAUGGCCGGCCCUGGCACAUCCAGAGCGACGGCACCCAAGUGUACGUCAACAACGUGCAGGUUGCAAACUUUGACAUUGAGGGUGCCAACGGCGUUGCACACGUUGUGCGCGAGGUGCUCCUGCGCCCGGAGACGACGGUGAGCACAACCAGCACCAGCUGGGCACGUGACAGCACGACGCACACCACCACGCCAACCGAUCCCCCACGCAACCCGCGAAAGCGCCGUGAUGGUGGCACUGGCACUGGCACUGGUGGCAAUUGUAACUGCAGUGACGGCGAGAUUGCCACAUACACAUUCGACGCCAUCGGCUGCGCCACCUGCACCUGCCAGGUACCCCGCGUGUGCACUAACAAUAUUCUGCAAGUCCUCGGUAACUAUUACGCCUGCGCGUGCCCCUCGGGCUGCACGGAGUGCGACUACACCGACAACGUCCCAGGCACCUGCCACCUCUGCCAGGCUGGCCUUGUCAACUUUGAUGGCGGUUGCUUUGACUCGUGCCCCGAUGGCUACAUGCCUGUUAACCAAGGCACCAACUACGGCCACUGCGUUCCCGAGAACCUCUCCACCCUUGCCGCUUUCGUCGUCGGCAACGAAGGCUCCGGCGGCUCGUCUUCCUCCUCUUCGUCCUCUUCCUCUGCUGCCGGCCCUGCGGUGAUUGCUGCCGUGGCCCUCAGCGUCUUUGCCAUCAUCGUCGUCAUCGCAGCCUUUGCAUUUGUCCGCUCCCGCAAGCGGCAGGAGCAACAGCGCGCGACCAGCGUCGAGGCAUCCAGCCUCGAGUUUGACGAGCAAAUCUGAGCAUUGAAAAGGAAACCCAACCGAAGAACCGAAGCAACAACAACUUAACAACAAGAACACACGAUGGAGCCAGCACAUUGCAGAAGAGAUCACCUGCCUGUUUGCCUGCCUGCUCCUCGCUCUUUGUUACCGUUACCGUUCACGGUCCUCCCCUCCCUAAUGUUGAUUGACACGUGUGUGUGUGUGUAUGUGUGUGUGUGUGUGUGCCUGUGUGUGUCUGUCUGUGAAGAAGUCGCUCGCCUUCACACACAGCUUGCCUCCGGUUCAAAUUCUUGGCGGCUCUUGCACUGCAGUCCUUCUUUCCCGACACCAUAAAACUGUGUUUACACGAAACAUGC